AUGAAUUCACAAAUUGACUGGGAUGCAGAACAUCGUCGUACAUUACUCGAAAGUAAUGCUACUUUGGAACGUACAACGCAAUCUUUAACAAGAUCGCAUAUAGUCGCAACUGAAAAUGAGCAAAUAGGAACGGAAGUAAUAUCUGAAUUAGAAGGACAAAGAGAACGUCUGUUGCGAGCAAAAAGAAGAUUGUCUCAAACCGAUGAAGAACUUAAUAAAACACGGAGAAUUUUGAAUAGAAUGAGAAUAGGAGUGUUAACUAAUAAGUUUGUAUUAGUGUUGAUCAUACUAUUGGAAAUACUUAUACUUGGUAUAACUGUUUAUUUAAAAUUUUUUUAUAAAAAAUAA